AUGGCUCCACAAGUCGAAAUCUCCAUCCCGAACACCACGAUAUCCGGAACCUCAAAACCCUACACCAUUUACAACGUCACGCUCCGCUUACCCCUACGAUCCUUCGUCGUGCAGAAGCGCUACUCAGACUUCCUCGUCCUGCACAACGGGCUGACGGAUCAAGCCGGUUCUCUGCCACCUUGCACACUGCCUGCAAAAUCAUGGUUUCAGCGCACUAUCUCUAAUCCACAGCUGACGGAAGAACGACGGAGGGGGCUAGAGACAUAUCUCAAGACUAUCAACGAGAUUGACGACUCAAGGUGGCGUUCGACAAGUGUAUGGAGAGCCUUUCUCAACCUGCCGUCCUCCUUCGCGAAUCAGACAUCCAGUAAGGCCGGCGGACUCCACUCUAUCAUAUCAGGUCCAGGCGGAGGAGGCGCGCCGAUCACAGACCCGGUUAUCUGGCUCGAUGUCCAUCGCGAUCUGAAGGCUCAGUUACAAGACGCACGUCUGAACUUGACGAAUCGCGACCAAGCAUCCACACCGCAAAAACAAUAUGAAGCUAGUGCCGCUGCAAAGAGUCACCUUGUAAAAGCAGGAUCAUUGAUAGCAGCAUUAGAGGAAGGGUUGACGAACAUACAAAAGGUUACCGAAGGAGGAUGGGGUGGACAGAAGCUCGGAGAAGGCGAAGUACGCAGGAGAAAAGAUUUGAUCGCGUCAGCGAAGAAGGACAAAGACGGCCUUGAGAAUCUGCUCAACGCCAUGGCCACAAAAUCCAAACUGGACAGUGCAGUCGCCUCCAUACAAGAAACCCAAAAUCUCAUAGGCAACGGGAACAACAAACCCAAAGUCGGCGGGGGGAGAGUCCUUGGAAGAGAAACUGCUGAAACGCGUGAGCUCGACAAUCAAGGCGUCCUCCAACUCCAAAAACAGAAGAUGGCCGAACAAGACCUUGACGUGGAAGAAAUUCGGAAGGUUGUGCAGCGGCAAAAGGAGUUGGGAAUUGCCAUCAAUCAGGAGUUGGAGGUACAGAAUGAGAUGUUAAGGAUGGUAGACGAGGACGUCGAUCGCAUACACGGGAAGAUCCAGAUUGCCAAGCGAAGGAUUGGGAAGAUAUCAUGA